AUGCUGUCGGGUAUCUUGAUGUUCAACCAGAAGGGUGAAAACCUUAUAUUCCGAGCCUUUCGCAGCGACUGUCGUCAACGUCUCAGCGACGUGUUCCGCAUACAAGUUAUCAGCAAUCCCUCGGUUCGGUCGCCUAUCCUGACAUUGGGCUCGACAACUUUCAGUCAUGUCAAGCACGAGAACAUCUACUUGGUCGCUGUGACCAGGAGCAAUGCCAAUGCGGCACUAGUCUUUGAAUUCCUCUACCGACUCAUCCUACUUGGAAAGAGCUAUUUUGGCAAGCUCGACGAGGAGGCCGUUAAGAACAACUUUGUCUUAAUUUACGAACUGCUCGAUGAGAUCCUCGACUUCGGAUACCCGCAAAAUACCGAGACCGAUACGUUGAAAAUGUACAUUACAACCGAAGGAGUCAAGUCUGCAAUCACGAAUUCGCCCUCAGACUCGAGCCGCAUCACCAUGCAGGCCACCGGCGCACAGUCAUGGCGUCGCGCAGAUAUCAAAUACCGCAAGAACGAGGCCUUCGUGGAUGUUAUCGAAGAUGUAAACCUACUAAUGUCAGCAACCGGCACAGUCCUGCGUGCAGACGUGAACGGACAGAUCGUCAUGCGCGCAUACCUUUCUGGUACACCAGAGUGCAAAUUCGGGCUGAAUGAUCGGCUCCUCUUGGACCCGGGUGAUUCGACUGGGACCAACGCCCGGGGUGGUGGUGGCACAUCGGGUGCUGGCAAGUCAACGCGCGCAGCCGCCGGAUCCGUGACACUUGAGGACUGCCAGUUCCAUCAGUGUGUGAAACUAGGCCGAUUUGACGCAGACCGGAUUAUCUCGUUCGUGCCGCCGGACGGCGAGUUCGAGCUGAUGCGGUACCGUGCCACGGAGAACGUCAACCUCCCGUUCAAGGUGCACCCGAUUGUGCGGGAGGUCGGCACAACGAAGGUCGAGUACAGUAUUGCCAUCAAGGCGAACUACAGCUCGAAACUGUUUGCUACCAACGUCAUUGUUCGUAUCCCCACCCCGCUCAACACCGCCACGACUACCGAGCGAACCAGCCAAGGUCGUGCCAAGUAUGAGCCCGAGCAGAAUAAUAUCGUCUGGAAGAUCCCCCGCUUCUCUGGCGGUAGCGAGUAUGUCCUCAAUGCUGAGGCUACUCUCACUUCAAUGACCCAUCAGAAGGCAUGGAGUCGGCCCCCGAUCGGCCUUUCCUUUAGCAUUCUGAUGUUUACCUCUUCUGGACUUUUGGUGCGUUACCUCAAGGUAUUUGAGAAGAGUAACUACAGCUCUGUUAAGUGGGUGCGCUACAUGACUCGCGCAGGAAGUUACGAGAUCCGCUUUUAA